AUGCAGGGCCGCAUUCGCAUUGAUGACAUCAUCAUGAGCAAAGGCUGUCGGGCAGCGUAUGUCCAUGUGGCCGCCACCGGAGAAAAGCUGGAGCAGCGGCAAGCCUUCGUGUGGCUGGCGCGGAACAAGGGCCGGCUCCGCACUGCUUUGGCCAAGCGAUGGAGCAGGCGGAGGGGCAUUCCACAAGUCUACUUCAUCGAGUCGAAAUGGGAUGAGUGGGACGCGAAGUUCCGCAAGGCACGAGAGUAUCCUGAGCUCAAUGAGCCAGACCCUUACCAGUUCUUCCCCAACUGGACGCCCAAAUUCAUGGAGAAGGCGCCGGCCUUGCGGAAGUUGGCGAAGGAUGAUCGAGUGGAGAAGAUUCGAGACUCGAUGGGUCUGGGAGAUGAAACGAAGCCCUUCCCCAAAUGGGGAUACCCCCAGUGA